AUGUGUAUCCAUAUACCAAGUAUAUCCGGUCAGAAUAUGUUUACACUAGUUAAACGUGACGAGCUAUCCACUUUGAAACUUUUUUGUAAGAACACUGGUGGGAAACUCGUAACCCGAAAUGACUUCAGUUGCACAAAAACAUCAACGAAAAGUAAACCAACUCAACCUACCUGUGGAGGAUUUGACCAUAAGAAAAAUAUCAGAGGUACAUUAGGAUGUAGUAAUGGAGGUUCAAAUCCGGUAACGUCUAAGCAAGGUUCAUUAUCUGAUAAAGAAGGAUCCAAAAUUGUUGUUAAAAACCCACCCGAAAUCAAGUGUCAAACAAGAGGACGAUCACCAGGAGACGUCAAACCUCAAUGUCAAGCCAUCAAAAAAGGUCAAACUGGUCAAUUCUCUGGCAAGAUCUCAUGUCCAAAGAAUACUGAUCAUGUUUUCAGAUCUGGUAAAUCUGUGGCUGAAAAUCCUUGCAAGUCCAAGAGUCAUGGACAAGGAGCGCCUAUUUUUUGUACUCCGAAGGAAUGGGCUUGA